AUGUCAAAUCAACCAUUGCUUUCAGAUCUGUUCUUCCUCUAUCUCCUGCCCCCGAUAGCUCUCGAUGCUGGAUAUUUUUUACCAAAUAAUGCAUUUUUCUUGAAUUUUGGCACUAUUCUUCUCUAUGCUGUUGUGGGAACAAUAUUCAACAUAGUUACUAUUGCCGGUAUUAUCUACGCGUUUUUGCCAUUGUAUCAGUGGUCGUUGCCAUUCAUCGACAUCUUGCUCUUCUCAACUUUGAUUUCGGCUGUCGAUCCAGUAGCUGUGCUUUCCGUGUUUGAGGAAAUCCAUGUAAACCAACUGCUUUAUAUCUGCGUGUUCGGCGAAUCACUGUUAAAUGAUGCGGUGACUAUUGUAAGUUACAAGUUUCAUUUACGUAAUUCUGACGGCGUUCCGCACUCAAAAGCUCUGCGAGCAAGUCUGAUUGGAAAGAACUGUCUAGCUGCUCCUUACUAUAGCUGUGAACAAUACGUGUUGUACCAUUCCUUAACUUCAAUGGCCAAGAUUGGAAGUGAAAACCUGAUUCGAGAGGAUUUCAUUCAUGCAUUUGUCAACUUUACCAUGGUAUCUACAGGUGGUGUGCUGAUCGGUCUUGUAUGGGUUUGCAUCACCGCAUUUGCUACAAAGUUCGUCAUAUUGAUUUCUGAUACAACCCUUACGUCUUUCUCAUCACCUUUUUGCAACUCCUCUUUUUUACUUACUCAUUAACU